CGAACAACAAUCUGGAGAAUGUGGAGAAGAAGAAGAGCAUUUUCCCCUUUACUCAGAUACUUCUGUUCAGAACCAGAAACCCCAACACCCCCAUCUCUUUAUUCUUUCUUAAAACCAUCAAUUUUUACAUUAGAUAGACCCAUAUCCAAACACCCCCUUACUCCCCAAACCCAAAAGCCCACACCUUUACAUUCCAAACACCAAGAAAACGAAAAUCUUGAAAUAGCCCUUCAAUCAUCUCUUCAAGAAAACAAUAUUGAUGAAGCUUGGAAAUGUUUUAAAUCACUUUCAUCAUCAAAAAAGUCUUCAACUUCGUUGUUAGAAAGUAAGAAUCUUGUUAAUUUAUUGAUUACCCAAUUGUGUUUAGUGAAUAAUGAUGUGUAUAAUCUUAAAAGGGCUUUUGCUACUUUAAUGUUUGUGUUAGAAAAAAACCCGAAAGUAUUGGAAUUUAGAACUGUUGAGAUUUUCUUGAAUUCUGUUAAGGUUAGUGGCGGUGGUGCACCGGCUUUUGUGUUGGUUAAGUUUAUGUUAAAGAAUCGAUUUUUUGUUCCUUUCGGUAUGUGGGGUGAUGCUUUAGUGGAAAUUAGUAGGAACACCGGUUUGUUUUGUGAUUUUUUCGAGGUUUUUAAUGAGAGUUGUAGGAUUGCUAAUGAGGAAAAGUUGGAUUUUUUAAGGCCGAAUUUGGGUGCUUGUAAUGCUGCUUUGGAGGGUUGUUGUUAUGAGCUUGAAUCGGUUGUUAAUGCACAGAAAGUGUUGGAUAUGAUGUCUUUGUUGGGUGUUCGUCCUGACGAGACAAGUUUUGGAUGUCUUGCUUAUUUGUAUGCAUUAAAAGGGCUCGAGAAAAAGAUAGUUGAAUUAGAAGAUUUAGUAUCUAAGUUUGGGUUUUCGGAUAAGAUAGUGUUUGUUAGUAACUUGGUUGGCGGAUAUGUGAAAUCAGGUGUUCUUGAAUGUGUUUCGAGUACUAUUUUGAACAGUUUGAGAGAAUUAAAUGGAAAAGGUUUCAACUUUAGUGAAGAAACUUAUAGCAAAAUAGUAAAAGGAUAUCUUGAUCACGGAAGCAUUAAAGAUUUAGCAAUUAUGAUACUUGAAGCACAAAAGUUGGAGUCUACAACUGUAGUAGUUGAGAAAUCUUUUGCUUAUGGUAUUGUAAAUGCUUGUGUUAAUCUUGGGUUACUAGAAAAGGCGCAUAGCGUUCUUGAUGAAAUGAAUGCACAGGGAGGUUCAGUUGGGCUUGGAGCUUAUGUGUCAAUCUUGAAAGCUUAUGGCAGAGAACAAAGAACAGCCGAAGCUGCACAGUUGGUAUCUGAAAUGUGUAGUUUGGGGCUUGAGCUCGAUGCUAACAGCUUUGACUUUCUUAUAGACGUGUCUAUGUCCAGUCAAGAUUUCCAGUCAGCGUUUUCCCUUUUUAGAGACAUGAGAGAAGCAAGAGUUCCUGAGUUAAUGGGUAGUUAUUUAACAAUAAUGACAGGUUUGACCGAAAAUCAUCGACCCGAACUUAUGGCAGCCUUGUUGGAUGAAUUAGUUGAUGACCCCAGAGUAAAAAUCGGGUCCCAUGAUUGGAAUUCCAUUAUUCAUGCAUUUUGUAAAGCAGGACGUUUAGAAGAUGCUAGAAGGACUUUUAGAAGAAUGGUCUUUCUUCAGUUUGAACCAACUCAACAAACGUAUCUUUCUUUAGUUAAUGGGUAUAUGAAUGCGGGAAAUUACUUCAAUGUGUUGAUGAUGUGGAAUGAUGUUAAGAAAAGGGUUUCGUUUGAUGGUGAAAUGAGCUUUAAACUGGAUCAUGGUUUGGUUGAUGCUUUGCUUUAUGCUUUGGUGAAAGGGGGUUUCUUUGAUGCUGUUAUGCAAGUUGUGGAGAAAUCUCAAGAGAUGAAGAUUUUUGUAGACAAAUGGAGGUAUAAACAAGCGUUCAUGGAGAAUCAUAAGAAGCUUAAAGUGUCUAAAUUGAGAAAGAGAAGUAUUAAGAAAAUGGAAGCGCUUAUUGCUUUCAAAAAUUGGGCUGGUCUAAACACCUGAGGCAUCCUGCUGAAUUCUUUGUUCACAAUAUAUUUUUUUUUUGAAGUUAUUGCUCGAGGACAAACAGAAAAUGUGGAAGUUGAGGUAGAUAACUGACAUACUUCUGACAUCAAUCGAGUAAAAUGGAAGGUGUUUGCUGUCCAUGCUAUCAAAUGAUGGAGCAGGCUUUGACAAAGGAAUAUACUUAAACAAAAAGGGCCAACGUUAACUGUUAACAUGAACGAUCAAAAUCUAUCUGUUGAUGAACCAUCAGAAUCCAAAUCUUUCUUCAUGUGUAUGAAGAACAGAGAUGCAAGAAGAAUUUGGACCUUGGAAAUGGAUUUUUGUGCUGUCUGAUGCAAAAUUUAUUAUUUUUCAUAUUUGUUUCCAAGAAACUGGAUAAUUCGAAUUCUCAAUGUUUGUAACAUUAGCAAUGAUGGUGAUGCGUUUAAAUCAAGCCCAGGGUAGCGAAGCUGUAAUUUUUGCAUGAUGAACAUGUCAAAAUCUGUUUCAUUAUUUUGUAUGUACACAAUAAAUGUUACGAGUAGAACAUUAUCGUUAUUUUUUUAGCC